AUGGAGGCAAAAAAGGAAGUUGAGAGACUUGAUAAGUGGACUUUCUGUGAAGCAUUCAUCCUAUCACCUGAUGUAUUUGAAGCGAGACCAACACGAACAACAGUAAAAAGCCUCCUAUGUCUCAAGAACACCAAAGAUCCACAAAACCAAUGCAGAGAAGGACGUGGCAGUCACUCAAGCAUAAAAAUACCGUUUCAAAGUGUAAUCAGCACGCAGAAACGAGCAAGCAGAACUUCAUUGGGUGGACAGGACUAUGUCAACCGUGCAAAUGCUAUAUCACCGAGGACUCUAGCAAGGAAUAAUCCGAAGUCCUGAUCACCUUCGGAAGUAAUCAUACCAAAUUUAGCAGUCCGGCGUUCAACUAUUGUGAAGAUACCCAGGAAAUCGAUGUGUGAGAGCAAUUUGAAUCAAAAAGAAAGUGGAAGUACCAGCUCGCAACAACUUCUAAAUUCAAUACCCAAAGAUGAACCUACCGCGAUGGCUGAAAGAACUCCAUCACCUGUACCCAAUGUUUAA